UCACAUUUACAUUUCAAUGAUGUAGUUAGGCACUUUUAAACUCUCCUGUCAGGGGUCUAGACAGUAAAAUGACAAGAACCAGGAAAUGACCUGGUAUCAGUUACAGCUUGUGAUAGGCUACUGUAGCAGUUUUUUUUAAUACGCGCUCAGUUUUUAACACUGCAAGACAGCCCACAGGUCAGAGACAGCACAGCACAGCACUCAACGACAAAGAUGAAUUGAUUCAUUUAAAUUAAGUUGUAGCCUGGGUCGACUGUGUUCAUUACACUGUGACAAUAAGCUAGCCUACCAUAAACUAAAAUAGAGUUUCUGUAGGCUACACUGAAACUUGUUGUAAACAAAUCGCACAAGCCUCCGUAUCGGUAGCCUACAGAUGGAUUUAACUGAAAGUGAUUCUGACUAUGGGGACUGGAUGUCUGCUUUGUCCGAAGAGCUGUGGGACGUCUCUCUGUCAAAUCUCGCCAUCCCAGGCAGUCAUGACACCAUGAGUUAUUGUCUGGAUAUCACCUCACCUUUGGUUAGAUCGGAGUCGGACACCUUUAGGAUUCUGGAUGGUCUCUUCUACUGUAUCACACGACCUGUAAUUUACAGAUGGGCCACAACACAGGAAAAAGGCAUUGUCGAGCAACUCCAAGCAGGCAUCCGCUACUUCGACCUAAGGAUAGCCCACAAACCCAAUGACAUGUCAAAUGAGCUGUACUUCACACAUGUCAUAUACACACAUGUAACAGUUCUGGACACACUACAGAAAGUUGCAAGUUGGCUCGACUCCCAUCCAAAGGAAAUCGUCAUCUUAGCCUGCAGGAACUUUGAAGGACUCAGUGAGAAACUGCACGAAACGUUUAUUUACUCUCUCAAGAGAACAUUUGCCUCAAAACUCUGCCCACGCACGGAGGCUGUUGUGACCCUGCGGCAUCUGUGGAGCCUCAGGUACCAGGUGGUUCUGUCCUAUGAUGACCAGACAGCUGCCCGGCAUAACGAGCUCUGGCCUGCCAUUCCUUAUCUGUGGGCGAACAAGCCGACAGCAGAGGGCCUAAUCGAUUACCUGGAAUGGGAGAAAUCACUGGGCCGCCCAGAUGGGUUCUUUGUGGCUGGCCUAAACCUGACGGCAGGCCGCUGUUUCAUCACCUCUCACCCCCGCGAGUCGCUGCGCUCGCUGAGCGUGGAGAACUGGGACGACGUGAGGCAGUGGCUGAAGGAGCAGAGGCCUGGCCCAGGCCUCAGCUGCCUCAACAUCAUCGCUGGAGACUUUGUGGGCCUCAUUCCCUUCUGCCGCCAGAUCAUCGCGCUGAACAAAAAACUGAUUCCAGCCUCCCAGAGCCAUGGGGACUGAGAGGCCUGACUAUGAACAAGGAUUUUUGACAUCAUCCCUUCCAAAGAAGGAACUACCUGAUUGCCAUAUCAAAUAUCACAGUGCAAUAUCAAACACUUUUUUAUUUAUUGAUGAACCUUUUUUUACACUUUUUGAGUAUUCACUAUACAUUCAUCCGGUCAUGUGAACAUGGUUAGUUUGACACCUUGGCCUAACAGGACACUUUGAGGUAUCAUGAGCUAUUGUUUCAAAGGGAAGACUGGACUGCAUUAUGAUACGCCUAAAGAUAUGUACGACACAUUCAUUGCCUGCUACAUAAUGACAAAUGAACGGUCAAAGGGGAAGUGCUGGCAGAAUUAUUGUACAUUAGUCACAUUACUGUUACACAAACAAUACACUUUUUAUGUCCAUUUUC